AUGGGUUCAGGGGCAGAAUUGAGGAGCAGAGCCGCCACGAGGAGCCGCCAUCACCUGGCACUUGGAAUCCCCCAGAAGCUUCUAGAAGGCCUGAAAAUAGGCGAAAAGCCGACGAGCGAACACCGUAGCUCCCUCCUACAAAUAACCAACAUAGUCCCUGCAGAGCUUGACGAGAAUAGCCGCUUCCCCAAACACGGCUUCUACAUCAAGCUGUUUGAUUCCUCACACUCCAUUUACGCCGCACUUCCUUCUGACCAACACGACUUCGUUUUGAGCAACAAGAUGCAGCUCGGCCAGUUCAUCUACGUUGACAGGCUGAAACUCGGUUCGCCCGUUUCCAUUGUUCGGGAUGCCAAACCGCUUUCUGAAAGACACCCUCUUGUUGGAACUCCUGAGCCUUUGAUGGGUUUAAGAGAGAGGGGUUCACACAGAAAGAAAAUUUCUGCUUUUAUCCCAAGACGAGGCUCUUGGAAAACUGUGUCCUCUCCCAUGGUUGUUAAGCUUGUGAACUUGGAUUUUGACCAGUGUACCCCUGUUAAGGAAUCUGUGGUCAGGAGUGUCAGUUCUUUUAUCUCGCCGUUGGUUAGAGUCAGGGCUGGUGGAGGUGGUGGUGGAUACGGAGGCGGGGCCAUCAUGAAGGGAGAUACAACAGAAAUGCUCGUAGUGGCAAUGGCUACGGAGAAAAAAAUGUGA